CUUCCCAAACUGAUUUGCAGAACAAAUGGCUCUACGAACGUUGGCGACCCGGAAAACCCUAGGUGAGCUAUGCAAGUUUCAGCAACAGAUUCGUGGAGUGCAGACAUUUACGCUUCCGGAUCUUUCAUACGAUUAUGGCGCUCUGGAGCCGGCGAUUAGCGGAGAGAUCAUGCAGCUCCAUCACCAGAAACAUCACCAGACUUACAUAACCAACUACAAUAAGGCUAUCGAGCAGCUUGAUGACGCUAUGUCCAAGGGAGAUGCUUCAACUGCUGUCAAAUUGCAGAGUGCCAUUAACUUCAAUGGCGGAGGUCAUGUGAAUCACUCAAUUUUCUGGAAGAAUCUCACUCCUGUCAAGGAAGGGGGUGGUGAACCACCACAUGGUUCUUUGGGCUCAGCUAUCAACGAGAGCUUUAGUUCUUUGGAAAAGUUGAUUGCUAAGAUGAAUGCAGAGGGUGCUGCAGUGCAGGGUUCUGGAUGGGUGUGGCUUGCAGUCAACAAAGAAUUGAAAAGGCUUGUGGUUGAAACUACAGCAAACCAGGACCCACUGAUUACAAAAGGUCCAAGUUUGGUCCCUCUAGUUGGCAUAGAUGUUUGGGAGCAUGCCUAUUACUUACAGUACAAAAAUGUGAGGCCAGAUUACUUGAAGAACAUCUGGAAGGUGAUAAACUGGAAAUAUGCCAGCCAAGUAUAUGAGAAAGAAUGCCUCUAAAAGAGUUGCAGUUUCUGUUUAAGAAGAGAAUCAAUAAUAACAUCUUGUUAUUGUGGCUUAUGCUUGUAUUAUGCUGGAGUCUUCCAACAAUAAUAAUAGUAGUUGCAUAUAUAUACCACCCAACUAGUUGUAUACAAUUCUAGUACUGUUUUUAAUGCUUCAGAUUACAUAUCACAAUAUCUUACAUUCUUCCCCU